AAAAUUAGAUAUUAUAAUGCUAUUUGAAGUGUGUGCGAAUUUUUAAAUAACUUCCAUUAUAUAUAAAUACUUUUUAAAUCACAAACUUUCUGCCGUUCUAUGACGGUCGUAAAAAUCAAUAAUACGCAUCAUGAUGUCUGCCGUUUUUGUUUCAUAUGUCGUUGCAGAUUUGUUUACCGUUCUCGGCAAAUUAAAAUUUUCAAAUCUAAUUGUUAAAUUGACGAACGCUUAACAGUAUAUGCUUUUUUAAUUAUUAUUAUUAAAAUCUAAUAUGAUAAAUCGAUUCGUGCAAGGAUCUUGAAAUUGUACAAAUAUCCAUCAAGUUACUAUUAAAUUAGAAGGUAAUAAUAAGUUUUUACUUAUAUAAGUAUUUAUGGAUACCUUUUAUCAAUACGAGUUUUACUUAUACGAAUAAAUUUAUUAAGUUGUUCAAGUAUGGAUAUGUAUUUAACAUUUUCGUUGAACACGUGGACUGUUGUAUGAGAUGUGAAUUAUUUUCUCCAUUCUUUCUAUUUUUUUUUUUUAAAAUAGAAAGAAAUACUCAAAUCAAUAUAAGAAAAUCUGUCUACUUGUCUUUAUAAAAACAAAGAAAAAAACGAAUAUUACAUGUGUACCUCAGUAUAUAAUUGUACAAAUAUCAUUUGUAAAGGUGACAAUAUGCCUGUAAAAAUAUACAUAAUAAAAAAUCUACAUAACAUGAUAGGUGUAAUAUAAAAAUGGAUGGUCCUGGAUUAGGAUACUCGUAUCAUCUUCCUUCUGCAGGAUGGAAUUUUCGAGUUAGAAAUAUACUUUCACAAUUCAGUGAUCUUUUUAGUGAAUUCAAUAAGUAUAUUGCACCUGCCUAUCAUCAUGAUCGUUGUGAAAGAUCAGUUCAAAUGCGAUUAUAUUCUAUGCACAAGAGGGAAUUUGUUAUGGUAUUCGUUGCUUUUUUUGCAUGUUUUGGAUUAGCUGUAUUUAUUGGACUUGCAGGUCCUCCUAUCACUUCUACAAGUGAACAAAGAGCUCAUGUAAAUGGCAGUGAAAUUGCUAGUGGCCCUUUUAUUAUGAAAACCCCUUUACUGUCUACAUAUAGUCAACAGCUAUGGGUCAUUGCAAAAUUAUUGACAUCUAAUAAUGAUGAUGAGAGAUAUGACAAAAGUUUUCAAGUGAGCAUCUCCAUAGAUGGUAUUACCAUUGAUCAUAAACUUAUACCUGUUCUGCCUUCAGAAACUGGUCAUAAUAGAACUAGACACUUGAAAUGUGAAAGACAAACAUGUGAAGAACUUGUAGUUGCUCAUCUAGGAUUUCUCGAUUACAAUUACUAUAUUAUUACUGUUCGCUUUCAUGGACUCGAAAGCUUUCAUCAACGUUAUAACAUACGCGAUCUCACAUUCUACUUCAAGAAUUACAAUCCAGCAUUCACAGAGUUUGAGAUUUGGUUUCGAUUUAUCUUUUUGUUAAUUGCAUUUGGAGUUAUGUGUUGGUUUGGACAUUCACUACGAAAGUAUCCAUUACACGAUUGGUCAAUAGAACAGAAAUGGAUUUCUAUAUUGCUUCCCUUGUUAAUUUUAUACAAUAAUCCAUUAUUUCCAAUGACAUUUCUAGUCAAUUCUUGGAUACCUGGUAUGAUAGAUGCAAUUCUACAGACGACAUUUCUUUGUGCAGUCCUCAUGUUUUGGUUAUGUGUUUACCAUGGUUUAAGACAAAACGAAAGGCGUCUUAUUACAUUUUAUUUACCAAAAGUUUUGGUAGUGGGUUUACUAUGGUGUUCAGCAUUUAUUUUAGCAACAUGGUUGCGCUGUACAGAAUUAGAAGAUCCCACUUAUAAUUAUGUACUUGAUACAUCGAAUUAUUUUGGUUUCAAAGUAUUCUUCUUCACAGUAGGAGGAUUUUAUAUAGCAUAUCUUCUUCUCUUAAUAUUAAGAGCAUAUAGCGAAUUGAGAUCUAUGCCAUACUUUGAUCUUCGUUUACGUUUUUUGACAUUGCUUGCCGCUGUAGUUUCAUUGGUUUGUGGUUGUGUGACAGCACGACAAUUUGGAGCUGGUAUUUUUGAGGACAGCUUUGCCUCCCGUCUUACAACUUAUUAUCGUUCAUCUGCGCAAUUCAUGGCUUUAUAUGGUCUUCUAAAUUUUUACCUAUAUACCAUGGCUUAUGUAUAUGCACCGGCAUAUCAACAAGUAUAUGGACAACAUUCUUCUAUAACAAAGGACAACCCUACGUUUUCUAUGAUUAAUGACUCCGACGAAGAAGUCAUAUAUGGUUCAGAUGAAGAAAGUCGACGGCCUUUAACUCGAACAUCUCGAAUUGCAAAUAAUAAUUAAUCAAGUCCAAUUGUUCACCGUGGAAGAGGAAGAAGCAUUUUUAAAGCAAAGAAUAUGGUAACAACAAAAUGUUAAAAAUAGUAAUAGUCAUAUGCUGUAAAAUAAAAUACACGAAAAUGAAUAAUUUAUUCUAAGCAAAAUUUAAUAAAAUAAAAUUCAUUCUUUGCACGUAUU